UAAAACCCUAAACCCUGAAGUUGCGAAUAUAAAGCCAAAUAGAGAGCGCUUCUGCAAGAUCUACUUCGCCUCCCUCUGUUAGCAAACCCUUCACUCGCUAGUUUCAGAGUAUAACUUAAGCAGAGAUGGUACCUCCGAGAGGCCGAGGCAAUGGUGGUGGAUUCAGGGGUGGCAGGGGUGAGGGAGGAAGAGGUAGAGGCGGAGGAAGAGGAGGUGGAAGAGGUUUCGGGGAUAGAGGAAGUGCCAUGAAAAGUCGUGGUGGUGGCCGUGGCGGUCGUGGUGGAGGAAGAGGCCGUGGUGGACGUGGUGGUGGAAUGAAAGGUGGUAGUAAAGUUGUGGUAGAGCCUCAUAGACAUGAAGGAGUGUUCAUUGCUAAAGGUGGUAAGGAAGACGCUCUUGUCACUAAGAAUCUAGUACCUGGCGAGGCUGUCUAUAAUGAGAAGAAGAUCGCAGUGCAGAAUGAAGAUGGAACUAAAGUCGAAUACAGGGUUUGGAACCCAUUCCGAUCAAAAUUGGCCGCUGCCAUUCUUGGUGGUGUCGAUAAUAUAUGGAUUAAACCUGGUGCUAAAGUUCUCUAUCUUGGAGCCGCUUCUGGUACUACAGUCUCACACGUGUCUGACAUUGUUGGUCCCACAGGAGUGGUCUAUGCAGUCGAAUUUUCUCACAGAAGUGGCAGAGACUUGGUUAAUAUGGCGAAGAAGCGAACAAAUGUAAUACCCAUCAUCGAAGAUGCCAGACAUCCAGCCAAGUAUCGCAUGCUUGUUGCCAUGGUGGAUGUGAUAUUCUCUGAUGUUGCACAGCCUGAUCAGGCAAGGAUUUUAGCAUUGAAUGCUUCAUACUUUCUAAAAGCUGGGGGCCAUUUUGUCAUUUCAAUAAAGGCAAAUUGCAUCGACUCCACUGUUCCUGCGGAGGCUGUAUUUGAAAGUGAAGUGAAGAAGAUGGUACAAGAGCAGUUCAAGCCUAGUGAACAGGUGACCCUUGAGCCAUUUGAGCGAGAUCAUGCUUGUGUUAUUGGUGGAUACCGAAUGCCAAAGAAACAGAAAACUGCUGCGUAGCAAGAUCUUGUACUUCUAUUUCCUACAUGGAAAGUAGGGAGUUGUAUUCCAUUGAAAUAAUGGGAUUUUUCGUUUCUAAAAUUCUAGAUUUAUAGAUAUGCUGUUUAUUGAUAUUUCUGGGAUAAAAUGAAGUGGUUGCUUUUAGUAGGAUGUAUUUAUUCUCGACAUGGGGGUUGGUUUUUACAUAUUUGAAAAUGGAAAUUGCAAGCAGCGAUAGGACAACAAUGUUUUGCUAAAGCUGGCUGGCAUUAAAGUUGGUAUGGUCGUCCAUGUGCAACAGAAACCCCCCAACGCCUAUGGUAAGUGGUGUUUAGUUAAGAGUUGGGUGAUCGAACAGCGGAUCUUAUUCUAUGGAAAAUUAGAAGCAUUGAUGCACAUCCACUAGGAGGUUGUAAAGCAAACGCUGAUGCUUCCAAGUGUUCCAAAGUUGCUAGGAAAUUUUCAGGAAAUGUAAAAAUUAUUUUUGUUUGGUUGA